UCAAUCUACGACUACUCCACCAGUCUUGCCCCUCGCUCGCCGACUCGUCGGCCCCUCCCGCCGCCGCCGUCGACAAAAGCUACGCGAGGUACCUCCCUCCCCCUCCAGGCAGGGGGAUCUUCUCACGGAACCCCACGGUGAUUUCAGUCAGCUGCCGUGGGAGGGCUGAUUUCGCCAUGGCGACGGCGCUCAAGUCGUUCUUGAACAGCCCCGUCGGCCCCAAGACCACCCACUUCUGGGGGCCCGUCGCCAACUGGGGCUUCGUCCUCGCGGGUUUAGUGGACAUGAACAAGCCUCCUGAAAUGAUAUCUGGCAAUAUGACAGCAGCCAUGUGUGUGUAUUCUGGACUCUUUAUGAGGUUUGCAUGGAUGGUACAACCCCGGAACUACUUGCUUCUGGCAUGCCAUGCCUCCAAUGAAAGUGUCCAGCUCUAUCAGUUGUCCCGCUGGGCUAGGGCUCAGGGGUACCUGGAGAAGAAAGAGCCGGAGGCCCAACAGUAAAGAUGACCCGGAACACUGCAGUAACUUGUUCAAUGAGGAAAAAUUGAAGCUUUGUAAUGCUCAUUCUGUGAUCUUACUGUCUCUGUAUUACCGCAAGACAAAGACUAUAUGUGGAAAUAUUUAUGAUACUGUGUGCAUUACAAGCUUCUCUUCCAGUUGCUUGGCCUGCCCAUCUGUCCAAACAAAUGACAUCUUAUCAAUGCAUAAUCACAAAUUUAAUUA